GAACACGAGUUGGCAGCACCCUCUUGCGCUCACCUGUUUGGUCUUCGCGUUCAGUUUUUAAAAAGUCGCUAAUUGUUUAUUAUUUAACAACUUUUGUCUAUUGAAGUUGCCCUGGUGGACAUGUAUCUAAACUGCUUGCCACGCACACCAUGCAAAUACAUGCAAUAUUUACUGCAGACACGUCAAUUGCAGCUGCUGCGCCGUCACGUAAAAAUAGGCGCCAAGCCGCCCAUUAAAGAAGCAGUUCCUCGGCCGAUGAGGAGCAGACAGCAGCAACUAUUUAAACUCAAUCAGAGUGUGUUACGUUCCUAUAGUAGCGACCAGAGCUCAGCUGAGCAGCAACAACAGAUAGUCAGCUCCAUGGGCGAGCUGGACGGCUGUGAGGCCAUCAAAUUGGAGGAUGAGCUCAGUUUGCGAAUUGGUUCAGCAACAAGUGUCCAGGAGUUGUUCGAGUUAAUGGAACAGGAGCAGUUCGAUCCAGCACAUCAAGUUCAGUGCAUUUCAGUGCUGUGGACCCACUAUCAGCAAGGCCUAACGUCAGACAUGCAGAAGGAAGCGUUGACGCGGCGACUUCAAAAGGAGCUGCUGCCCACUUUGUCGCCGCACAUCGAGCAUAUGGAUGUGAACGAGUUGAGCUGCUCCUAUUUGUAUCUGCGUAAAAUGCAUGUGCCCAACAGUAAUGCCAAGGUGGAGCAAUUACUCUCACGUGCUCUGAAAAUGGUUGAUGAAGAUGUGGAGCUGGUGCCGUUGCCGGCGCUCUCUCGUCUGCUGGUGGCCAUCAAUAUCGAGCGCGAUUUCUUUACGCCGCUCGUGUGCCGCAAUUUCGUGCCACAUCUGGAGCGGCAUGUGGCCAACUGCGACAGUGAACAGGAGGCGCGUCUGCUCUCCACAUGCCUCUUUCAACUGAAUCCACUAAUUGAUGCCCAAUUACUGGAUGUGUACAAGCAGCGGAUACAGGAGCUGCUCCAAUGCGGCACUUUAGGCAGCACAACGCCAAAGGCACUGGUUAAGCUGCUGCACAUGCUCAAUUUGCCCAAAUGGUCGCAUCUCAAUACGGCGCUGAUCAGGCAACUGAUGUUGGCCCUCAGCAGCUGCCUGCCCCAACUGGAGCCCAGCGAUUUGAGGAGCGUUUGUCGCACCUUUCUGCAUCAUCAGGAGCCGGCGUCUCUCGUCCAGCCACUAAAGAUCGCCACGGAAGCGCUGCUGGAACGAGAACACACACCGGAUUCACUUUCCUGUGCGGUGCCGUUUGCGGCACUGCAGCAGCGGGAUGCGUACAUGCAACAAUUUCGUACGCUGCUCCAGUCCAAGUCUGCCUGGCAGCUGCCCAAUGCGAGUGGACAUUUCUUUAGCGUGCUGCGAUCUCUGAAGGUAGCCGAUUUGCGCUAUUGCAAUGUUUAUUGGUCGGCUGUGAUUAAGGAAUUGGAUGCCACCGUCAAGGAGCAGUCGCAUCUGCGCUUUCUGCGCCAUUGCCAGCGCUACAUGAACUUCAACAACAAUCUGGGCGGCACGUAUCGUCAUCAGCUGCUGGAGCGCCGACUCAGUCGUAUCUGUAUGGAGACCAUCGAGCUGGAUGUCGCCGGCCGAUUGCCAUCCAAGUUUGCACGCCUCGCUGCGUUUGUCAUGGCCUACGGUCAAACACCGUUCGACUGGAAGAAGUUUCCCAAUAUGCUGCUUAGUAAAAUGCUCGCCAUGGCGCCACAAUUUGACAUCCAGGAUUGCUUCCAGCUGAGUCGCGGCAUGCAGAUCGCCAGCGAGCUGCGCUUUCGCCAGCAUGUGCCGCAUCUGCUGGCCAUGCAACUGUCCACAAUGGACAGCAUACUGAUCUCGUGUGCCGAGAGGCAUCUCAACAGCAGCAGCACCAGCGACGAGCAGCAGCAGCCCCUCAACGCCAGCGAUCUAAGCCUCAUUGUGCGCACGCUAAGUCAUCGGAAAACACUGAAAAACACGCAGGCUUAUAGCCAGGCGCUGGCGCAUUAUAAAAGUCUGCAAUGCAAGGAUCUCAACUCUCGAGUUGUGCGCGAUAUGGCAUAUAAUUUCAAUGCGUCGCAUUUCUUUGUGCCGGAACUGUUGGAGUCGAUGUUCGACUAUGUGGCACAGCAGCAUGAACACAUCACCGGCGACACCGUCGAGAAGGUGCUAACCUGUGCCUACAAUCUGGGCUAUACUCCAGCAUCGCUGGAGCCAUUGGACUAUGCAGCUUCAGUGCUACUCCGUGACUUUGAUCAUAUGAGCGGGUUAUCUUUGGUGCAGUCGUGCCUGGCGCUGUGCUUCUAUAAGACCAUUCCGGAGGAGCUAAUCAAUCAGGUGUUCUGCGUCAAGUUUAUACAACGCAUCGAGGAUGAGAUACAAAUCUGCUACUCUAAGGCAACCUAUCCCGGCCUGGUGCUGAAUCGUGUGAUGCAGCUGAAUCGCACCGUUUGCCUCGAUAUGCCUGAGACGAAUGUGCCCUGGUUCCAGCAGAACUACGUGGAAGCGCAGCUCAGCAAGAAACCCCAUUUGGCCACCGCUUUCAGCACAGAUGUGAAACUUUUGCUGCAGGACCUGCUCAAGGAUGAGAACUACUUUCGCUGCAAUCACACAACGCCAUAUGGCUAUAAUAUUGACUUUGUGAUACACUUUGAUAAGGAUAAGAAACCGAUGCCAGCACCGCCAGUGGAGGCCACCAUGCUGGAUCGCAUAACCAAGGUAGCCAUUUUGCUGCUGAAGCUGGACUCAUUUUGUGAGAACGAUUUGACUGCGCUGCGUGGACCCGAAUCGCUAAAGAUCAAGCAUCUGGAAAUGAUGGGCUACAAGGUGCUGCACAUCAACGAGCAUGACUGGAACUCCAAGUAUCUGCAAGCGCCGGGCGCAAAAGCCAACUACUUGAAAUGUCUGCUGCAAAUAUCACACUAGUCUUCCAGAAAUUAAUUUAACUUGUUCUUAGAUGUAAGUUCAAUUUAAAGUGAAGUUGUUGAAUUUGUUAGUAAGUUAGUAAAUAUAUAUCUAUCUAUGUACAUAUGACUAGUCAGAUACAGCCUACGAGCAACUUGACUGCACAAUAAUUUGCUGAGUUUUAACAGAUAAAAUACUUCUUAUGAUUUGAAUGAAAUGUACAUAAGUAAUGUAAAUAUAUUCACAAAUACGA